AUGGCCAACACCAUUCCUCCAAAUCGUCCCUGGAGUCCCGUCUUUGUCCUUGAUCGCGUACCAGAUAAUUGGAUCUUCGACUUCUCUCACGAUGGCACGGUAGACCCGAAAGAUUUGAGUAUUGUUCGGUAGGUCAAAUGUACGCUUCUAACACACGUUUGCUAAAAAGUUUCAGCCCAUUAGAUUUGACCUUAACCGACGAGCAGUAUGCUCGCUUGGUGUCCCUUGCGACACCACAAACUCUCACACAAGAAGAAUUCGACGGAUUGAGCAGGGCUAUCCAUGAAGAGUUCCCUGAGAUUUUUCAAUCAGACGAGUAUACUUUCAUCUCUCAUUGACAGAACACACAUUAGCUAACCACCAUUCCAGUCUUGCAAAAUCUUCAGUGGAGACCCCCGAAGAAGAAAACGAGGAAGAGUAUACUCUCACUUCUCAUUGCCUGAGCACACAAUAGCUAACCAUCAUUUCAGCUUCGCGCUACCUUCAGUGGAGGCCCCAGAAGACGAAAGUGAGGACGAGUAUGCUCUCACUUCUCAAUAAUCAAAAAAAAUCCCAUUCCUUGAACACACAUUCAAUUUGCUAACCGCCAUACUAGGGUUGCGCUACGUCCAUUGGAGGCACAGGAGGAAACUGAGGACGACGCUAACGACGACCAAAAUGACGAUGACAAGGAAAAACUCAAAGACAUCGAGACAAAUUUGCGGGAAUUGAACGGUAUUCUCGCUGUGUUCGAAAAUGAUCGAAGUGAACGACGAACAGUCGCAAACAUCCGCGCCCGCAUCUCUGACCUGAAGAAAUUGCAAAAAGAGAUACAAGCGAAGCAGAAAGGUACACAAAAACCCCCAGUCCAAAAGCCGAUUAAAGUUGAAGAUAUGUUCAACAACGAAGACCUUUACAAUGCCACACCACAGCCGCCAGAAAAGACCGCAAGACUUACACCACCACCGUCAAAAAAACGCCCAAGAAAGCAGCCACCCAACACACACUCUCUCGCGAAAGCACCUCGGGACGUAGAAACACAGGAAGAAGAGGAAGAACCCCGCCCAUUGAAACGAAGAAAGGCUCCCUCAGUUCCUGCCCAAGCCCAAGCCCCAGCUGAGGAAGAUGAGGAAGAUGAGGAACCUCGCCCACCCAAACGAAGAAAGCCUCUCCCAGUCGCCGCUUCAGUUGCCGCUUCAGUUGCCGCUCCAGUUGCCGCUCCAGUUGCCGCUCCAGCCCCAGUCGCUACCCCGGGCAUGACAGGAAGCAUUGGCGGUGGGUUUUCAACAGCAGAGUUCGCGGUACUUACUCAGAUUCUCCAAACCUUGCGAGCGAGAGAAAGGGCAGAGGGUAUGCUGCCGGCACACCAAAAGAAGGAUGUCAGUUUGUUUGCAUAUGCUUCCCGAGAAAUGGCGCGCCUGGGAUACCACAAAAGUCCUGGUUCUUGUAAGAAUUUCUGGAAUAGGUACGGAAGGAAAGCGUCGCAGUAUGAGGAGAGAAUAGGAACGAUCAAGAACCCUUCUCUGGAAACCUCUUCUCAGAGUAAGAAGUAG